CUCCUCCUCCUCCUCCUGCUUCUCCUAGCGGCUGCUGUUACCGCUGUGGCCACUUGCCGAGAGAAAGAAGCACCGAGGCGGCGGCGGUGGCUGUGGCAAAACACAAGGCGAGGCAAGAGCAUGGCGGGGCCGCAGGACUUCCAGCAAGGGAGCUACUGUCACAGGAAGACGUGGAUCAACGUACUAUUAGGAAUACUGCAGUUAUUACUACCCUGCGUCCAACAUGGGGGAGCCCAGAGACAAGCUCUGAGCCAAAUGUCCACCAGCGUGGUCGAGGUCUGGCAGCCGGAGGAUGCAGACACGUUAGUCCCACUUCAGUUGGACAAGGGCCCCAGAAAAGACGGUCUUCCACUGGAAGAAAGCUCCCCUCUGUAUGAUCUGGAGAAUGGGAGGCCGUUGCGUUUUCAGCCUGCAGCGUUAGAAUUCGGAAAUCAGCCGCUGGGGCUGCCGAGAGCUGAAAGCAUAUAUAUACAUAACCCCAGCCCGGAAGUCCCUGUGACGCUGCUGUCCAUGUUUACAUCCAGCAGGCACUUUCACAUACCCUCCUUUCACAGACGAGUGAUCCCACCGAGAGGGAAAACAUCUUUUAAACUAAUUUUCCUCCCAUCCGAGGAGGGCAAUGUAGAAAACACCUUAUUUAUAAACACGUCGGCCCAUGGGCUGCUUUCAUAUCAGGUCUUUGGUGUGGGAGUUCACCAGGGCUCAAUAAAGUCUGUCCAAAGAAAGGAUAGCCUGCUAAUAUUCCCUCACAUCCAGAGCAUUAAGUUGACCCAAACUCAGGAAGAUGUGUCCAACAUCACCAUACUGGGUCUACUCCUGGAGUGCAGCCUUCCCAAGAGUUUUUUCAUCAAUUCUCAGGGGUCUUGCCUCCAGAGCGAGGGGCGCCUCAGUCUUCAGAUUAAUCUGUCGGCGCGUGGCGACCAGCCCGCCGACCUGGACAAGCUCAAGCCUUACGUCAUUGAGCACAUCUUGCUGCUUCUGGUGGUCCCCGCUGGCGGACAGACUGCAGGAGGUGGUGGGGAACCAAAACUAGGAAUUUAUAUGCAAAAUUCCGGAAGUAAAAGACUCUACGUUAAGGACAUGCAGCUUUUAUCCAAAGUGGAUGCCAACCUGCAGUUUAACAGAGUUCUUCUGAGAUCGGAAGCAAAGAACUUCACGGAAGUGGCCACCCUGACCUGCAGGGGUUCCAUGCCAGGCCACGGAAGCAAAUGCGUUAGUCAUAUCAGUUUAAAGGUCUUAGGGAACCAGACCACCCACAACUUUGCCGGGUUACAUAUCACGCACAGGUGGAGCACGGAGGACCUUCCCAGCCUUUUCCAAGUGAAACAAAAAACGACACAGCAGGUGGAGCUGUGGCUGACAAACCCCUUUGCUUUGCCGCUCACGGUGACCGCUGCACGCCUUUCGCAGAAACUGCAUGGAGUUAUGAAGGUGGUGAACUUCCACGGCCCGCUGACGGUUCCCCGGGGCUGCUGGCACAUCCUGUCCCUCCGGCUCUUCCGUCGGGUACUGCCCGCCAGCCACUCCUUCACGCUGAGUUUGCACACCAAGCUGGGCGCUGCCAUGCACAUUCCCAUGUACUUCCACGCCACUCCUGUCGAGCAGGGAGAUUUGGUGUUUGAAUCCGAAGGAGAGUGUCAGCGUCCCUGUUCGCUCAAGUUGUCCGAAACAGGUCGCUCAGAGUGGCAGCGCACGCUCCUGCCAGACUUCUCUCGCUCGUCCUGGACGGUGGACAGCAAGCUGGCGACCGAGCUCUGCUCUCGGUGGCGGAACCACAAAGACAAACUACCUUGCAGGUGGCCCAGACUGUCCGUGGAAACGUCCUCCCCCCUGGAUUUCGGUGCUACGCCGAUCAACGAAAGCAAGGUGAAAACGUUUCUGCUGAAGAACCCCUCCUCCUCUGUGGUUUCCGUGGAGAUCCAGAUUCUCUCCCUGUAUCCUGACCCCCUAGGGGCUCUGGACCUUCUCACCAAAUGGUUUAAUAUCAGCCCCCUCGCGGUCAAUAUCAGCACGGCAGAGGUCUCCCUGUUGUCCGCGCCCCCCAGCGCGAGCGAGAACGUGGAAGCCCUGAAGGGGGAGGGGGUCCUGCGUCUGCUGCUACAGCCGUGGGAGUCCCGAGAGGUGGCCGUGGUUUUUACUCCCUCUGAACACAAACCCACCACCACCAUCCUCAUCGUAAGAAACAACCUGACUGUGUUUGACAUGGUGACGGUGAAGGGCCACGGGGCCAAGGAGCUGCUCAGAGUCGGGGGCAAACUACCCGGGCCGGGGGCCUCCCUGCGCUUCAACGUGCCCCAGUCCACUCUGAUGGAGUGUCGUGACGGCGUGCGCCACAACAAGCCGCUCUUCGCCAUCCGCAAGACGUUCAAGGUGGAGAACGCCGGAGAGCUGCCGCUGACCGUGGCGUCCAUGAAUAUCAACGGUUACAAGUGUCAGGGCUUUGGCUUCGAGGUGCUGCAGUGUCACUCCUUCAGCUUGGAGCACACCACCUCCUCCGAGAUCACCAUCGCAUUUACUCCUGACUUCACCUCAUCCUGGGUCAUCCGGGACCUGGUCCUGGUGACGUCGCGCGGCACCUCCUUCCCGUUCACCCUCAACGUGACGCUGCCCCACCACAUGCUGCCCCUGUGCGCUCAGGUGGUCCCCGGCCCCAGCUGGGAGGAGUCCUUCUGGGUGGUCACCCUCAUCUUCACCUGUGUGUCCCUGUUUGGUGUGUGUCUGAUGGCCUUCCAUCAAGCCCAGUACAUCCUCACUGAGUUCUCCAUGCCUGCAGUAAGACAUAACCACACCUCCAACCUGUCCCGGGACAAGGGCCCCGUCAACAUCACCCCCAAUGGCAUCAACAAAACCAAAGGUAGCUGUAAGAGCUACGUGGACACCUGCCACACCUCCGACAAAGGAAAGGGGCGUGGCUCCCCGGCUCUGUCAAACAGCCCCGCCCAGCGUCCCCCGUCCUCCAAGAAGGGCUCCUCCGGCAGUGCCCCCCAGCCCCAAAAGAAGCACAAGGUUUCGCUCUAUUACAGCAACUACAAGCUCAGCCCGGCCUCGGCGCCGCACGGUGCCACGGCCGUGGACGACGACCACGAGGACCUGAUACCGGGGCCGCCGCUCACCCCGGAUCCCGACAUCUGCAACAACAACAACAACAAACCAGCCUUCACGGACGGCGAGAUGACUGAUAAAGAUGCAGACUUCAAAUCAGCCGUGGAGGAUAAAGUGCCAGCAGUGGUUAUGUUUCCUGUGGAAAUGCCUGCUGGUUUGCCACAAAAUGGCAGGCUCAGUCCGGGACCUCCACCGGGCCUGCUGCCGUGCAAUUCUGCGGAGAUGACUCACGCCGGGCGCUACGAGCCCACCAUGGUCCGCUGUGAGCUGCGGACCAGCUCCGAGACAGAGUCAAGGGAAGAUGGCAAAUCCCAGAAAAAGAAAGCAAGUGUGGAUACAACCAGUAGUACCAGUAAUAAUAAUAAUAAGGGAAAAAGGAGUCGCAGGAAGACGGACGGCGUCUCCAGCGCUCCCGAGCAGAAAGUCCCAGCACUUCCAGAGAGGGAACGACUGGAACCCGACUGGAACGCAGCAGAGCGGAAUAACCUCGCCAUGUCUCGCAACAGGAACCGCUGCUGUAACGCCCCCGCCGCAUCCGAAGCACCCAAGCCCGGACAGUGUGCCGACAACCCUGUCAGACCGAACGGCGUGUGUCCCGCCCGCAGUCGCCGCAAGUACGCCACGGAUCGGCGCGGGGGCGCGGCGUGCGAGUCGGGCUCGGACUCUGGCGGCUCCUCCGGCAGUGUGAGGGCCAGCAGGGGGAGCUGGGGCAGCUGGAGCAGCGCCAGCAGCGUGGAAGGCGACAAGGAGGGCCGACAUGCCUGCACUACCUCAUCUAGAAAAAGGGACCCCACACAGUACAGCAUCUACACGGCAGAGCGAGACCCCUACCAGUCCAACUGCAAAACCCUCAGCUCUUACCACAAAGACCAGUGCCAAAGUCCAGAUCCGGCCGGGUCCAGCUUCGCCCCGAGCUUCGCCGCCGUCGCCGCGGGAGUGGAGCGGAGUACGGACCUGACAGCCCACUACCUGCCCGAGGAGACAUGGUCGGCCCCCUCUGUGCCGCUCACCAACGAGUUCAGAUACAACACCCCCGAAGCACUGCCCUUCAUCCCCCAGCCGGCGUCACCCAGGUCGUACAACGGGUUGGUGUGGAGAAGCGCCAACAGUCCCUGCCCCGGUCCUUACGCCUACUGCGAGGAAGGCAGCUACAUCGGAAACACAGCUUUCCCGGCGGGGUUUCCCCACCAGGAGGUCCAGACCGUCCCCGCCAGCCAGCCCAGCUGGAGCGAGCAGCAUCCUCAAGAGUCGCCCUCCGCCUGGGACUCGGCAGCCUGCGUCGGCACCAAGCCGUACUUCUCAGGCACCCGCAGCCUCUCGCCCAUGUCCAGCCUCUUUGGCUCCAUCUGGACGCCGCAGAGCGCCCCCUACCACCCGGGCCACUUCCAGCAUGAGCGCUCGGCCCCCAUGUCGCCUGUGUCCGCCGUCACGCCCCCCCGCUCCCCUCUGGGCCGCGAGGGGGAGGCGACGUGCGGCGCCAUCCAGUACUCCAGCUUCAACCCGUUCGGGCCGCACAUGAACCUGGACAUUUGGAACUCCUCCUCCAACCGCAGCUCCAACUCGCAGCUCUCCAACGACUCGGGCUACUGCGGCGACGUUUGAACGACCUUGGCCACGCCCGAUUAUUGCAAACAUAUAAAUCGACGAUAUAUACCAGAACUCCACACGAAUGUUCUUUUAUCAAUAAUGGGGAAAAUGUGAAUAUUCCUUUUCUUUUAUGUUGCCAUUUUCAAACGUUAAAUGUUGUGAACAUUUGUUGUAUAUUUUUCUAGAUGUUUUGCAGUUUUGAUCAUAGAAAAUUAAAAACAGGUUUUGUACUUGAA